CACGGUGAAAGUGCUGUAUGGAGUCUAAAUCUUGUAAAGGUUGAAUUUGAUCAUCUACUAUACUGUGGAUCACAGUGGAAAUGCUUGAACUGAUCAGUUUAAGAUGGCCAAGGUCUAUCAGACACAAAGAUAUAGUCUCUACACAGUUUUAUACCUAUGUGUUACUGCUCAAGCUUUGUCUGACAAAGAGCUGGUGUAAAAUAAGAGAUAGGCUACAGGUCCCUUUAGUGUCUUUUUAUAUUGAAUCACUGUCAAGCAUCAUUGGUUAAUAUUAAACUGGGGUUAACUGAACAUUUUCAUCUUAUAAGGCAGGCGUCAUGAGACUUCCUGUCAUGAAAGUGUCUGCGGAAACCCAGAGCAGUUGAUGUCAUGGAAGGUCUCUCAGCAGCAGAGUACAAAAAGAUGGGUCGGCAUGAGGAAAUGAGACACAGUGUGAGUAUGAGAGUCAGAGAUGAAACUAAAGCUGCAGCUCAACAUCUUCAUGGUGCUUUCACACGGUGAGUCCUACACUCCAGUACUUAUCUUGAAAAAAGCCAGUAAGCUACAUGUGGUUGUUUCAGCUAAUGUACAGAUGUACUAAGAAAGAACUCUUUUAUGGUAGUCUGUGGAACUUUGAGACAUUAUGGUGGUGUGGGAAAAUCACUUAAAAUUAACUAAUUAUGAUCCUCUUAUUUUAUCUAAAAGUUUCAUAUAAUUUGUUUGAGUGAUUCGAUUUUUUUAUUUGAAUAUAAGUGUACUUUAUUUACUAAUCAGAGUCUCAAUAAAAUUAAGUUCAAGUCCAUGAUUUUAUCUCUCCCAUCAUAUUUGGUCACAGUUUUACAGCUUGCAUAUUGAAUUAGCAUUGGGAUGGAUUUAAAGGGAUAUUCCAGCGUGAGUUUAAGCCAUAUUCAAACACAUCAUAACACCGAGUUAGACACCCCCCUUCGAGAGAUGAAUGUUGCUCACUGCUUGCUUCUCUAGUUAUACCAACUUUAGUGAUGACCGCACGGCAGCAAUACACAGCAGUGUAUGUCUCCACACGCAAACCGCAACUAGAAAGCCACUCGUAGCCACAAAUAAUGCUGAGAACAGCCCCUAACUUUAUCAACUGUACACACAGGGUUUCAGCCAUAGUACUAGCCAUCAAACAUCUUUUUAGCUCUGUCUGGUUUCUUUUGCAAAGAGACUAAACACAGCUCACCCACUCUCCUCCAGCAGCCGCUUGUUUGUGGGGGAGCCCUGACGAGUUGAUAACUGAGUGCAGUUUUGAGUUUUGAAGUUCAAGGAAGAACAUUUAUCAUUAUUACUUCAUGGAAAUGCAAUCAGAGUGUAUCUUGUAUGUGCGCUGCAGACGCAGUCGUCCUUCUGCCUUAGCGUCUCAGUCUGAUAGCAUUUCCAUGAAGUAAUUAUCCUAAAUUUUCUCUGCCGUUUCGAACAUGUAGUCUGCUGUGUACCACUAUCGUGCGGUCGUAACUAAAGUUGGUGUAACUCGAGAAGCAAACAGUUGGCAAAAUUAAUCUCUCAAGGGGGUGUUUAACUCUGUGUUAUGGUGUGUUUGACCAUGGCUUAAAUUUACGCCUGAAUAUCCCUUUAAGUUUGUGAAUUCAAUAAUCCAAGCCGAGAAAGAAAUCCCUCAAACAACAAAAAAAAGUUAACCUUGUUAAUUUCCUGGGUUUUAAUAUAUGUUUGCAACAGCUUUAUGUUAAAUUAUGAAGACAUGUUUGAAAAUUAGCCCCUAAAGCCCUUUUGACUUACAGUAUGUGUGACCUUUAAAGCCCAUGUUCUCACUGCAGAAGUCAGUCUGGAAAACCCAGUCCGUCAUCACGACCCUCAUAGGAAAGAAAAAGCACCUUAAAACCCUGCCAACAACCCACACAGUAUUUAUAUCCACUGUUACUUUCACUUCAACUUGAAAGGACUGACCACACGGCUUCCUGUAACAAACUGCAGAAAUGAAUCUAUCGUGUGGGGGGCUGCUUCAGCGCAGUAAACAACCCUUUCUUUCCUUUCUACAACACCUCUCACACACUCACACACUCACACACUCAACCUACUGUAUGGUCAAAGGGCUCUGACAGAAAAAGGUAGGUCAAUGUUGAGGCUCUAAACUCCAGGCCCCUCAAAUGGUAAAUCUAACAGCUCCUGAUGUUACUUCUCAUCAAACCAACAGUAGGUUACUCAUCUGUUUGUCAGGGGCUGCCUUUUAGAGUCCAUAUUAAUCCAUGUAAAGUCAUUUGUAUGAUUUAUUGCAUGGUGAUGAUUGGUGGACUCACUGUUAUUCUUGUUUCUUUGAUUAUAGUUUCACUUGCUGUGUGGCAGCGUGUGACAGUGAAAAAAGGUCAGACAGUCAACUUAAGCUGCCCAAUUACUGAAGCUCAGUGGACCAAUGUGGAGUGGAGGAACCCUGACGGAUAUAUCAUGUUCUUUAGUGAACAAAAAGGUAAAAAAAAAAAAAUCAUGUUAGCAAACCCACGAGCAGAAACUCAAAUUAUCUGCCAAGGUUUUGCUCCUGUGUCACCUUGAAAUGAGGAAAAUCAAGCCUCUUUUUGUUUCCUUUCAAUCCCCAGCUUUAAAGGACCAUCGAUACACCAUCAACAAACUCUCUGAAUCAGAAUUCUCUGUCAGCAUUUCGAAUGCCACCUUCAAAGAUGGAGGCAACUACACCUGCUCCGUGCACGGCCUCCGCACAAUCGAGAAAAAAGUGGAGGUCACAGUUUUAGGUGAGUAUCGACCAAACUAACAAACCGACAGAAGUUAACCAGCAGCCAUUACUGCUUGAAAAGCGCCCACAGUUCAAUAAAAAUUGUUCAGUGAAGUCAAAAUAUAUACAUACUAAUAUUAAAUGAAAGCUUACUCACGAUUAAGAUGAAGGAUUUGCUCAUUGUACUGGGAAAACACUCAGGAGCUUCGCACUGAACACUCAGGCAUAAAUGGACUCACUUAAUCAGGGUGCUGUGGGGAAAAUGGGUCCAGUGAAAAGACAUGGGGAAGCCUUUUCACAUGUGACAUCUGAUAUAACCUGCAGAGUUUCAGCUGCUUUAUCAACAGUGAAAAACUUCAAUUUGUUCACUUUGCCUUAACUAAUCAUCAAUAGAUUUAACCAUCACUGACUGACCCAUUGCUUACAAUUUUCAGUUAAUCAGGGAUCAAUGAAAGUCUCAUAUGUAUUCCUCUUUAGCAUUGUGGUCCAGCCUCUGCGUGUAAUUUUACCACCCAGCUGUGGUAGCAAAUAAAUGACAGAAAAUUUUACAUUUAUCCAGUGUCGCAUUGGAGAGGCAGCAGCCUAAGCAUGGAAGCCCAGACUUUCCUCAACCCUGUCCAGCUCUUUCAGGGGCACCCUGAGGUGUUCUCAGGUCAGCUAAGAGACAAAGUCUCUCCAGCGUGUCGCUGUGAUCUCCUUCCAGUGGGACGUGCCCUGGAUGCCUCACCAACAGUGCAUCCAAGGGGCAUCCUGAUCAAAUGCCCAAGCCACCUCAUCUGACUCCUCUCAAUGCAGAGGAGAAGUGGCUCUUCUCUAAGCCCCUCUUGGAUGACUAAGCUUCUUACCCUAUCUCUAAAGGAAAGCCCAGACACCCUGCAGAGGAAACUCAUUUCAGCCGCUUAUACCCACAAUCUUGUUCUUUCAGUCACUACCCACCGCUUGUGACCAUCACUGCUGAAGCUGCACCAGUCAGUCUGUUGAUCUCUGGCUCCAUUCUUUCCUAAUUCAUGAGCAAGACCCUGAGAUACAUGAACUCCCCCACUUUGGGCAGAAUCUCAUCCCCUACCCAGAGAGGGCACUCCACCUUUUUAUGGCCGAUGGACUCAGAUUUGGAGGUGCUGAUUCUCAUCAAGGUCGCAACACACUUAGUUACAUAUUGACCCAGUGAGAGCUGAAGGUCACGACCUGAUGAAGCAAACAGGACCAAGUCAUCUGCAAAAUCAGUGACCCAAACCUGAGACCACUAAAUUGGACCCCCUCAGCCCAGGCUGCGCCUAGAUAUUCUGUCCAUAUCCAUGCCCUGGUGGAGUCCACCCCUCUGACUUACUACCGGCUAUGUGGACCAAGCUCUGGCACUAGUCUCCUCUCACUGAGCUACCACCUUAUUGUGGUGGAAGGAUUUGUGCGUCCCAAUGAUCCCAGGAUCUCAGUUGUUAGGGGCUUGGUGGCCUGAUCCUCAGCUAUAGAAGCUAGCUUUAACAUUGUAUAAAAACAGAAAAUCUUCAUUUAUGCACACAUACACUCAUAAUUUUCUUUAACCCUAUUAAAGGUUUUCCUGAAAUGGAGGUAGAAGAGCAUGAAGGAAAGUCGGUCAUUAAGUGCACUGCUGAGGGGAACAACAAUCCUCCGCAGAUCUACUGGAAAUUUAAUAAUGGGCCAGAAUUUCAUGGUAAGAAUGUGCCAACUUGUAUUAAUAAUGAAUAUCAGACUAAAAUUAAUUAAGAAGUGUUUGUAUUUUUGUUUAAUUAUGUUUCAUAUAAGUAUGUAGUUAUGCUCAUGAAUGAAAACAUUAUCUGUGUAUGGUUUGACACUGGUCUGUUUUAAAACAAUCUUUUUUUACGUUCCUUAAUCCAUGAUAAUUAAGGGUUAACCUUUAACUAAGAUUUUCUUACAAAUAAAGUUUUCCUGAUGUUUAUGAUAUUUUCUAUCAACAUUUUGGCACCUUUAUAAAGGUGCUUGCUCUCUGUUUAUUAUGAAGUGCUUUGUUAACUAAAAUAAAGAUACCAAUGACUUUCUCCACAGCUCAGGCCAAGGUUUUUCACAGUGGUAGAAGCUACAUUUCUACAGAUAAACUGAACUUUAACUCUAUAAAGAAGAGGGUCACAGUGAAAUGCCUUGUACGACAUCCAGCUUUGUAUUCACGUCCGCUGAUUAACUUUGUGAAAAUCGGACGAGAUGGUGAGUAUUUAUUUGCUCUGUGUAUUAUUCACUUCUGUUUGUUUUUCUUAUUGACUCAAAGCUCAAAUCUGAAUCACUUUAAUCAUCAAAAAGGGGAAAAAGUCUGUGAGCACAUGGUCAGUUUUAAUACGGUGCAAACAUACUGACGUUUCACCAGCAAGUUCUCCUCUGUAUGACAACUUCAAGUGGUUUCUGUCUCUCUUCCUCUAGUUUCUUCUGACUUUUAAAUGCUCUUUCACCCAUUAUGCUGUAUCAUUUGUUGUGUUUUGUAUAUUGUGGUAUUACAAGUUAUAAGAAUGAAUGAAUGAUGUAUCUAAUAUGCCCCACUGAUGAGAGACUGCCAAUCAGCCAACAUAGGUGAACUAUUAUUGUUCUGUUUACUUGAGGACACCUGUGCUGUCCAAACUACAGUUUCUGUAGUUUGGACGGCACAAAUGAUGUCUGUCAAAUCGUUUUUGCUUCAUUAGUCUAUUUAUUCUCUGUGUCAGCAGCACAGCUCCAUUUCUCAACCACCACCAGCCCUUCCACGACUCAAACUUCAGGGUCUACUAGGGCGCUGAGAACAACCAGCAUCUCAAGAACAUCAGUUAAUCCUACAACCACAGAUGUGAGAGGGCUUUCAUCAGAGGACUCUUUAAAGCUAUCAACUUGGGGGACAGUACCCACUGCAUUUCCUCUGACGCCCGUAACAUCCAAAAACUCUCCACUUGUAACUACAGGUGAGUCAAAGUGUUUUCAUAUGAUAUAAAACAAACAGUAUAUCUGGGAUAAGUCACUUGUAGGUGAAAGUUUCACCUUCCUUUAGCUUCCUAGGUAUUAAGGUAUUUGUCUGCUAAUCUUUAUGCAGUUUUUUUUAAAGUUUACUUUUUUAACUUGUAUUUUAUCUUCUGAUAAUCUAAAUGAAGCGUUUUUAAAAAUAUAUAUAUGUAUAUGUCUUCAUUGAUUGUAGAAGACUUAAAACAACUGACACCAACCCAGUCAACCAGCGGGAGGAAUGACUCAACAAGUAAUGCAACAAGCACAAAAGGUAUGUGUACACUGCCAUCUAGUGUUUGGAAAAAUUUACUGAGUUUCCCCAGUCAACAACACAAUUGUCACAGUUGAAAAGCAAACAGAGGAGAUCCAGACAAAAAAGAAUAUGUCAAUUUAUCCAAUCACAAGCACCAAAAGAAAAAAAAAAUUCUCUGCUAUCAACAAAGAUGACACAAUAGUCUUUAACUACCAAGUAAACAGAAAUAGUCCUCUCUUAGAAUUCAGGUUUUUCCUGAACCAAUAACCUGAAUGCCGUUCAUUCCAGGGAGUUUUGUCAACCCUGAGAUGCAAAGUGGAGCUGUAGGAAGUUCGUCAUUACUGAUCCUCCUGGUGACGUGCCUCAUAGUCUGUCUUGUCGUGGUUGUGAUUUUUUUUGCCAUCAAACUGAGAAGAGCACAUCUGGUCUGGAAGAGAGGUGAGCAGAUGAUGUUAUUCUUUCUGUAGGUAAAAAAUGUACUAGUCACUAUCUAUCUAUCUAUCUAUCUAUCUAUCUAUCUAUCUAUCUAUCUAUCUAUCUAUCUAUCAAUCUAUCUAUCUAUCUAUCUAUCUAUCUAUCUAUCUAUCUGUCUGUCUGUCUGUCUGUCUGUCUACAGUAUACACACACACACACACACGCAUAUAUAUAUAUAUAUAUAUAUAUAUAGUAUGUAGUAUAUAAAAGGCAGUUUUUGUUGUUACAGAAAAUGAAGAGACUAAUACAUCUGAAGAAAGUAGCAAAUCAAAAUCAAGCCAUGAAGACAGAAGCACUAAGCAGCACAGGUGUAGAGGUAAGCACAUCAAUUCAGUCUGUCCUCUAUGGAUUUUGUAGGAGGGAAGAUGGUAAAACAUUUAACCAUGGCAUAGUUAUGCAACAGCGUAGGUGUGUUUUUACCUUACUACCAGGUAAGGUUGGUUGGUCAUUUUUCAUGUUGAUUAUGAAUGUGUUAGUGGUGAUGUGAUCAUUCCAUAGACUGUAUUUGGUUCAUUCUCAAUGUAGGUUAAUAAAUAAAACUUGAGACUUUAGGGACAUAAUGAUGUUUCAUUCUACCAUUCUAUGUAACUUUCCCUGCAUUCGCAAUGCUUCUCUGCUUAUGGAAAGGCCUGAUUGUUAUCAACUGUGACACUGCCGUGACACCACCCAACAAAUUCGGUUUGCCUCUCAGUACUGUCAUUGACAAUUAGAAGAAAACAUCUGACCCUGUCAACAGUGUCUGCUCACUGUAGGCUGUGAAAAUGCCCAAGCUUUUCUCUGUUCAUGGAGGAUCAGAGGUUCAAAAUUAAACAGAUUUUUUAUGUUGUUUAUGAUUAGAGUAUUUUCACAUUUUCCAACUGUCAAUUAAAUUAAGAGUAGUUUAGGAACUUCGAUUAUUGAAGUUUUUCUUUCCCCAACAAUACUGGAAUUGUGAGGUUCUUAGAUAAUUCAUUAAAUUUCAAAGCAGGCUAUCUUUGUUGAGCUCCUUUAUCAUGUUUCCCCCUACCUUUGUUUUACAGUUAAUAUCAGCCUGUCAGAUUUCUAUAUAUUCAGCCAAUGCUUCCAUCUUCCUACAAAAAUCAGGCAACUGUUGAGGUAACGUGAACAGUAUUUGAUGGAGAACAUCUCUCUUUGUCCCACAGGCUUCUUCAACACAGAAGUCAGGCAGUAUGUUGUGGAUGAGCCAAGGGCAGUCACCUCAGUGGUCCAUGUAGAUGAGCAACCUCAAACAGCGGGACAAACUUCUGCCAAAUGUGACAUAAAGGAGACAGAGCUGUAAUAAUGAGUCAGAUAUUGAUGGCAAGAAUAUCAACAGCACGCUCAUGGACUCCACUGUUUCUGUAUUUUACCACAUCAUGACAUGUUUACACUGAAAAGAAUAUAUGCCCAAAAACUUGUUUUAACUGUGCUUACUGUUUUAUUUCAUAUUUUUUUUUGUAAAAUACUGUGUAAAUAAUGUAUAGAUUUGCUUUUGAAAUGUAAAAUAAAAUAUAUUUUUGCAUCAACAUAAUGUGAUUAUCAAGAAAAUAGAUAUGCACUUAAAA